UGCGUAAGACCAUCACGUGGCUAUGUUCCCGGAAGCGGAGUGGGGAAUGUACAGCUGAGUCUGGAAACUGCGUCAACAAGACGACCGUGGGUUUCUUCUGUCUGUUGGAAAACAUGGGGGUCAGUUGCUGAUUAAUAGAGACUUUUACCGGAGGGAGGAAACAUCAGCACCUAGUACAAUGGAAACAUCAAAUUUUGCUCAUGUCAUCUUCCAGAAUGUGGGGAAAAGCUACCUUCCUCAUGCUGCUCUGGAAUGCCAUUACACACUCACACAAUUUAUCAAGCCCCAUCCCAAGGACUGGGUUGGCAUAUUCAAGGUUGGCUGGAGCACGGCUCGUGACUACUACACCUUCCUGUGGUCUCCCCUACCAGAUGUGUACACAGAAGGCACUGCAGUCAACAGAUCAGUGAUCUUUCAAGGUUACUAUGUCCCCAAUGAUGAUGGUGAGUUCUACCAGUUCUGUUAUGUCACUCAUAAAGGAGAGAUCCGUGGGGCCAGUACACCUUUUCAGUUUCGUGCAAACAGCCCUACUGAGGAAGAGCUGCUCACUGUGGAGGAUGAGGGUGGAUCAGACAUUCUGGUUGUCACUACUAAAGCCAGCUAUUUAGAGCAAAAGAUGGAGGAGGUACGCUUGGAAAAGGAGGAGCUGCUGAAGAGCAUGGAGCUCCUGCAGAAAGAGAGAGAUGAACUGCUGGAGGAGAGAGAAAGAAUUCAGAAAGAGUAUGAACAGGAGAGAGAGAACACGGCUCAGCUCAGGAAGGAAGUGCAGGAGCUGCAGCUGUCCUCUCAGAGCUUACAGGAGGAGAGAGAGGAGGUGAAAAGGAGAAUGGAGGAGAACACAGCACGACUGCUGCAGCUGGAAGAGGAUCUUAUUGGGGUCACCCAGAAAGGCUUGCAGAAGGAGACAGAGUUAGACUGCCUGAAAGAUCGCGUGAAGAAGCUCACUCUUGAGAAAGAAGCACUGGAGUCUCAGCUAAAGAAUGAGAAGGAUGAGAAAGAAUUGUACAAGAUUCACCUGAAGAACAGAGAGCUAGAGAACACCAAGUUAAGUGCAGAGCUGCAGAUGCUGAGGUCAGUGGAUGUAAAUAAGGAGAACACCAUUGCACAGCUGAAGGAGGAGCUGGCACGAGCUAAAGCCUGUCUGGCAGAGAAAGACAAGCAGCAUCGCCAGCUACUGGCUAACAGUUCCCCCUCGGGGGAGAGCAAGGCAUUAAGAGAACAGUUGAGGCAAAAAGAGGAGCAGUUGCAGGCCACUCAGCAGCAGGCUUCCAUGCUUUCGGCAGAGCUCCGGGACUCCUCUAAUGCACGGGAUCGCAGCAUGGCUGAGCUCUACCGGGUCAAGCUAGAGGUUGACACGCUCAGACAGGGCCAAACUGACGCUCAGGCAGAGUGCAGCCGUCUAGAAAAACAGAUGGAGGAAAUGAAGAACUUGGCCAUGCAGGAGACACAGCGUAAAGAAACUGAGGAUUUGGCUUUGGCUGAGCUGCAGAGGGAAGUGGAAGACUUAAAGCUCAGGUUGCAGAUGGCUGCAGAACAUUAUAAGGAGAAAUACAAGGAGUGCCAGAGACUGCAGAAACAGGUGGUCAAGCUUUCUGAGCAGCAAGGGGCAAAGAGGAGUCCUGGUUUAGAUGCAGCGACUGGCCCUUUGUCUGCCAGCCCUGAGGCAUCUGUGCCAGGAAGCCCAGGCUCAUCAGACAGCGUGCUGGAUGCUAUUCUCCAGGGCAAGCUGAAAGGUGUCAGUAAGGAUGUGUUUGAUAAGAGUGAAAAAUACAAGAAGUGCAAACAGAUGUUAUGUGAAGAAAAGGGGCGCAACGCCAUGCUGAUGGAUGAGCUGGCUAAACUUGAGCUGAAGUGGAAAGAGCAAGCGAAGAUCAACGAGAACUUAAAGCUGCAGCUGGCAGCUGAGGAGGACCGCUAUAAGAGCCAGGUAGCAGCCAAGGGUCGGGAACUAAAGGAGCUGAAGGACAGCCUCGCUGUUUUAUCCAAAGAGAAGGAGAAACUGGAAGGGGAGUUGCAGAGAAGUGCCAGCCGUGGGGAAGAGGAGGAGGAGGAUGAAGGUUUGGAUGUACCACCAGUGUUUCUGCAGUAUGCCAUGCCAUAUCAGCCAGAUGUCCCGUCUCCUUUACUGGUGGCCCAGCGUCCUGCAGAACUGAUGUUUGGAAACCCAUACUCAUCUGAAAGCAGGGACAGUGCAGAUGGAGAAUUCUCAGAUGAUCAGAUGCCGAGGCUUCCUCCCGUUGGACCUCCAUCUUGGGACAGUAAUGUGGUGUGCAGCCAGCCUGCCCGCAACCUGAGCCGCCCUGAUGGCCUGGAGGAGCCUGAGGAGCAGCCAAACAAUCAAACCAACGAUCAGGCCACGGUCAGCGAGCCACCCACACACUUCCUCAAUGAUGGACAAAUGCCAUUCUGCUUUGAUACCAGCGAGGAGUUGCAGAAGCGAUGUCCACUCUGCGAGGUCAUCUUUCCUCCGAAUUAUGACCAGUCCAAGUUCGAGGAGCAUGUGGAGAGCCACUGGAAGGUGUGUCCCAUGUGCAGCGAGCAGUUCCCCCUAGACUGUGAUCAGCAGCUGUUUGAGAAGCACGUGCUCACUCAUUUUGAUGGCAACGCGCUGAAUUUCGAAUAGACCAGCCAGAGAGGAUCAUCUUCACAACAUUCAUUUCAAACCCAUUUUUAUCACCACAUAACUGCAGCUGUCAACACUUAGCCGCAUGUUACUCUGUAAGCAUUUACUUCUAAGCAAUCAGUUAAUUGGCUCAUGACUAUUUCUUUGCUAAUGAUUUCUUUUUACGCUCACGUUCCCAUGAGAUGGGUGGGUUACUAUCACACUGAAGUAGAGAUUCUGCAGGAUGACUUGAUUUCUUCGGGGUGCUAUUUAUUAGAAUGGGGUUAUUUUGAAAAGGCUGUACAGAUCAAUUUACUGUCACUUUGUCACAAGCAUAAUCAUAUAGCCAGUGUACCAUCUAAACACAUGCAACUGCAAGCACUCUCCAGGCUUUAUGAAAUAAUAUGUCAGGUAUUACCCGAUUCCCCUUUGUGCUCAUCUGGCACAGUUCUGCACUGUCAGGGCAAGAUACUAGUUUAUACAUAACAGGCUGAUCAUAUAGUCAUAAAAUAAUCUAUUUUAGAAAUGCUUUUAAAUAUCACAAAUAAAGAACAAGCUAUAGGAACCAAGAUAAUUCUUAACAUUUGUUUCUUGAUUUAAAUCAACUGAUUAUUCAGCCAUUAUUCUGUUUUAAUUGCAUGCUACUUGUGACUGUGCACUGAAUUCAAAAAGUCUUGGGUCUGAUUUCCUUAACACAAAUUAAGCCUGGUUACAGAUUAUUAUUAUUUUUUUAAAGUUAAAUCACAAUUGUUUUUCAGUUUAAGAUUAAUAUUCAAGACAGUCUGAUGUUAAUAAAUUUAGAGAGUAACAUUAUCCUGCACAGAAGGGAUAUCAUAUUACAUUUAAUAUUACAACCUGUACACAACAUUGCACUCUUGAACAUGACCCAGUGCUAGACUUCAUCUGUCUCAGUUAACCAAACUAAUGUGUUUAAGCCUUUGGCUCAAGAUAAAAAUGUAAGAUCUAGAUCCUUUUUUUUCCCUUUCAUGUGUCUCUUCUUACUCUGAUAUACAUCAAUAAAGUUUUGUUUGAAACAA